AUGGCUACCAACAAAUCUUCUUUUCAUCCGGCUCUUGCCGUAUCAAACAUGAGGAAUCAUGUUUCCAUUGUUCUUGAAAUGGAAAACGUUCAAUAUUCGACGUGGGCAGAACUCUUCAAGAUUCACGCAUGCUCAACCAAGGUGCUUGAUCAUAUCAUACCUCCGGCCAACGGCACGGGGACGGUUCCUUCUACCGAGGAAGAGAGGGAGCUAUGGUCAACUUUGGAUGCCACGGUUCUUUCGUGGAUUUAUGCUACCAUUUCUAGUGACUUACUGCACACCAUUAUUGAGCCCGACUCAACGGCUAUGGAGGCUUGGGAUAAAUUAUGUGAUAUAUUCCAAGAUAAUCAACAUUCUCGUGCCGUUGCCUUGGAGCAAGAAUUCUCCGCCACUUCUAUGGAGAAUUUCCCAAAUGUUUCCUCUUAUUGUCAACGUCUCAAAUCUCUAGCAGAUCAACUGAAGAACGUUGGGGCUCCGGUGUCUGAUAGUCGACUGGUAUUGCAAUUGGUUGGGGGUCUUACACAACCGUACCGUGGAGUGGGUACGUUGAUCCGUCAAAGCAACCCCCUUCCUCCCUUUUACAAGGCUCGUUCCAUGCUCACUCUUGAGGAGGCCGGGAUGGCAAAGGAAGCAGCCACUGAGUCUGCUAUGAUCGCCUCUUCGAUUAAUGAUGGGUCCCCACAACCUACGAAAUCAGGACAUUCGAAGGGAAAAAAUGGUGCGCAACAUUCUGGUGGCGGACGGCGCAACAAUGGGGGAGGUCUGAAGAAUGCAGGUUCUGGUGGUGGCUGGAACUCGACCGGCGGUAAAGGCGGUGGUCGGGGGCAGUCCUCAGGUGGCCACGGUGAAACCACUCCUCCGCAAUGGCAGCAGCAACAACCAUUUCCAUGGGGAUGAUAUAAUCCGACCUGGCCUAUUCUUCCUUGUCCAUUCCCAAAUCAAGGAUGGGCCCGACCCAAUACUCCUCAAUAGCGCCAGGCAGGUUUGCUCGGCCCAAAACCGCCUCAGCAGGCCUAUGUACAUCAAGUAGCAUCUCCUAAUCCUCAUGGACAGUUUGGUUCGUACGCUCCAACCGAUAUCGAGGCAGCAAUGCACACCAUGUCCCUUAACCAACCUGACCCGUCAUGGUACAUGGACAUCGGUGCUACAUCUCACAUGACUUCCU